AUGGCGCGCGCCCUCCCCGCCGCUGUGGCGGCCUGCGCCGUCGGCGCCGCCCUCUUCGCGACGGCGGCCUUCGUGCUGCCCACCGCUUCCGGGCCCCUCGCCGCCGAGACCCGCCUGCCGCGCGCGCGGGGGCAGCUCCCGGAGGCGCCCGGCCCAGCCUCGCCCGAGGCGGCGCCUCUGCCAGCGUGGGAGCAGCAGGAGCCCUCCCCGCUGAAGUGGAUCGGCGCUGGCCUCCUCGCUGGCAUGGUGUUCGCGGCCUUGACGCCGCCCGCCGAGGCCCUGGACAGGGACUCGAACGCCGUCAGGCCCACGCUGGACAAGUUCACGAUCAAGGCCGCGAAGUACUUGGAGCUGUGUAAGGACAACAAGAAAUACGCCAAGAAGUGGAAGGACAAGUUCUUCAAGGUCGACUCGAAGCUGAAGAAGUACCCCAAGGACACCGCCGUCUACAACCGCCUCCUGAAGAAGAAGGCGGGCCUGCAGCGGCGGAAGGAGGCUUACGGCGAGCGCCUCUGCGGCAAGAAGGACGGCGUCCCGCGCACCAUCGCCACCGGUGAGUUCGUGCGCGGAGGCAUCAUCCCGUCCUCGCUGGCCUUCAUCUACACCACCGGCUGGAUCGGCUGGGCCGGGCGGAGCUACCUGCGCCGCACGCUGGACACGAAGAAGGAGAUCAUGAUCGACGUGCCCCUGGCGCUCACCUGCAUGGCCAGCGGCUUCGCGUGGCCCGUGUACGCGUGGCAGGAGAUCGUGAACGGAGAGAUGGUCGCCAAGGACGAGGACAUCCACCGGUCCUUCUUCUGA